AUGUCGAAUGUGCAGUUGAAAUUGCAAAGAAACGCUCCCGCAGCAGGACCCAGGGUGCUCAGUGCGGGUUGGGCUCCCCUGGGUGCUGGGCGGAGGUGCCGGCUGCAGAGCAGCGCCAAUGCCCCCGGGAAGGAAAUGACACCCAGCGGGAAACAGCGUCUCCACGGCCUCAUCCACACGGUCAGCCGUAAGGCGGGUACCGGGCUUUGCCGCCGCCUCCGCCCGGGACACGGAGCGCGGGGGAGCCGGGAGCCAGGCGGGAAUCGCCGAGGCCGCAGCAAGGCCCGUGUGCGGGUCCCCAGCGUCCCGCACUGCGCUGGAGCAGGGUCAGGCCACACACUCGGCACCCCGGCGGCCGCAGGCGGCCUCCUGCAGGCGGGGGCGGUGACGCGGGCGGUGCGUCCCAGGCAGCGUCCGGAGCCCCCGCAGCGCCGAGCCCCGGGAAGAGCGCGGGGCGGGCCCGGCCCGGGCGGGAGCGCGGCCCCGCCCCGGCCCGAAGGUUCCCGAGGCCGCUCGGGUCAGAGCCGAGGGCAGCGCCGGCAGCGCCCUCCGCCGGCGGUGCGGCGGGUGCGGUGGUGCGGGCGGCGGCGGGGCCGCGGCCGGAGCACGGCGCAGGUAAAGCUCUCCUGCGCAGGUAUCGCUCGGCCGCCCCUCGCCCCGCUGGGGCUCAGCACGGCUCAGCCAGCGGGGCCCGUCGGCCCGGGCCCGGUGCUGCCAGGCCGCUCCCCGGGCCCGCCGNGCUCGGAGCGCGGCUCUCACGGCCGGGCCCCCCGGGGUCGCGGGACAGCCGGGCGGGACGCGCUCCCCGGCGGGCGUGCGGCCGCCGCGCGACUCCGGCCUCGGCGUCUCAUCCGGCCCGGCCCGGCCUGCGGAAAUAAAGUUUUACGGGUAAAGUUAGAGCCCGUGGCUCGCCGUUCUGUAUUUUGA